GACACUUCCAGCCCUCUAGCUGAAGUUACUGGGGAUCGAACAAGCCGUACAUAUGUGAACAACACUGAGCAAAGUAAUGAGUGGGAUGGAAAAGAUUGAAGCAGUCAGUAACACCUCGAUAUCUCAUAGGAUCUCCAGUGUCAAUUGUGGCCUAUAUGUUGAUACUAGUACUACAACCACCAUGAAUACUAUGAAUGGAAAUGAAAGUCGUGUGAAUCCUAUCAGUAAUGACGUAGGAGGGAGUGAAAGUAAGAAUGGUGAUGUCGCAGUACUGCAUUUGAGCCAGAGUGAGUCACGGACAGAACAAGAAAAGCAGUUUGCAUCUCCAGUUAUAUGGGUCACGCAGACUCCGAUGUCAGCCGUGCAGAAAAAGUAUUCUAUUGAGGAUGUUUUUAAUAAUGCUCUAAGUAGCACUGAGAAAGUGAAGGUGUGGAAUAAAUAUAAUAUUGGCAGGGAAGCAGACGAAAAUGAGGUUGAAACUUUACCGUCCAUGGCCGAUCUCCUUAAUAUUUCACCUGCUGGACAACAGAAAAUUGUUAGAAAAGACUGGCAGGGGAUCGAGAAGACUUAUGCAUCAGUGGCGACACAGACACCAAACAGUUCAGAAAAUCUUGAGAAAGCUGCCAGCGUAUUUGAACUUGCUGUUCCAAGUGUUCUCAGCCAAAGGCGACGAUCGUCGGCGCGCUCCAUGCCUGGUGACUGGAUUGGUGCCCUCCAAUCCUUUGUUGGGGUACAUGGUAUUGGUCUUGCAGAGGAUCACAAUGAGACCCAUCUUCUAACUACAGAUAACCCACCUGUUAUAUUAAAGUACAAGCGAGAGUCUACCCACCCUGAUCAUGUUUCUCUCAAGCUGGUUGAUGAUAACAUUACACUGGGCAAUAGCAUCUGUGGGUUCUGCAGUGCGCUUGUGAAGCCAUUCCCAUCACCACAAAUGUUCUCUGAGCAAGCAACGGAGACACUGUACUGCUGUGAUGAAUAUUGUACAUUCGUGGAAAUGUACAUCUCGAGCUGUCUGCAAGAGUUGGCAGAGGAAGAAGCAGCAGCUGAAAGGGAGGCAGAAAAAUGCAAGUUAGGUGAUGAUGAGAUAGAAAUCAUUGAUAUUGGUCCCCACACAUCUAAUGAAAGGAGAAAGAAGAAAAUUACUAAAGAUAUGAGAGACAGGGCUAUGCAUAGAGAAAUAGACAAGAAAAUUCUAGCGGGAGCUGCCAUGACACAACAGAUGAACCUGUAUGCAAUGGCUCGUAACCAACUCAAGAUCAUCAGCUACACCUUAUCAUCGAAAAAGUGCAUAGAUAGUGGUUGGACUAUUACACCAUCCAUCCCUAAGCCUCAAGAGAAACCGAAUCUCUUUCAUCCUCUCUCGCAAAAGGAUAGAAAACCUGGAAAAUUCGUCCAAAAGUUUUAUAGCGAGAUGAAGACGUUCUACACACUUUUCCCUGAUGGCACAGGCUGCAUAUUCUAUCCUUCCGGAAAUCUAGCUAUUGUUAUGUCUCUGGAUAGAGACAGGCAAUAUAGGUACGUUAUUCAAGAAGAUGAGCCAAUGGAUCCUCGCAUCCUUGCUGUCUUUGGUACAGACGGUUCUGGUGUAUGUUACAAUGAAAGAGGAUCGAUAAGACUCUGCCUAGAUCAACUUGGCGGGAGCGAGCUUGAUUGGCACGGAAAUCAACGCAAGCGAUGGUUCUGGCGAGGAAUGACUUGGCACUGUCAUGCACCUCCAUUCCAACCCAUCACCCUCUCUCUCAACAGAGCCAUCUCAGUGCGAGUCAUGAGCCAGGAGAACAUAACCGUUGUCUUCUCUAUCGGGACACAUACUUAUCGAUUGAGCGUCGGUGCAUGCUUGCGCCAAAUAAACACACUUCCAUCACUUUCAGCCCAGGACUGCAACAUGGCGCUUGCGCAGAUGCAACGCUGCCGGACAUCCAAACUGUUGCAGGCCUUUGCAGAUGAAGUAAAGAGCCUUCAGUUUUUAAAUGCUAUAAAUGAGAGGCUGAUUUUGCCAAAGCUAAGAGAACAGAGGGUAGUGAGAACUAGUCGGCCAGUGUCCAGGUCCGUGGUGGAUCUCACUGCUGCCUCUAAGCCAAGAACAGCUGCAGCAAAAGGUGGCCGAUAUCUCAGAAUGAUAAAGCAGGGGCCUCGCAGAGAGGAGUCAGAGGAAUCGAACCCAUUAGCUGCAAACCAUUUAUCUGCAGUUGUAUUGAAUUGAUUCCGAGUAGAAAUUUGUUGAGCCACUGUCAUCUUGCAGGUCAUAUCAGUGCAUCUGUAAUCAUGUUAGCACCGAAUGAAGUGAACGAAUGAAAAACGCUUUUUAGCUUUAUAUAGAUGGAAUUUCUAUCAAUGUAAUUCUAUCUGCAUGCACCCAAUACACUGAGGUAUAUAUAUAUAUAUAUAUAUAUCGUAUACUGAUAAUUGUUUAAUGCAUCUGCAAAUUGAUUUUCAU